UAGAUGUGUGGUCUUGUCCCUGCCAAUAAUUGGGGACCCAAGAUCCAGGGGGCUGAGGGAGGCAGGAGUCAAGCGGGGUGGCACCAGACAGGGCCAGCACAGGUCUGGAAAAGUUGGAAGACAUGAAACAGUGCUGGGCAGAAGCUGGGGUGGGGCGCUAGGUCACCCAGUGCCCGGGCUUUGAACUGGGAGUAUGGGUUGGAGAGAGAGGUCUCCCCAAGCACUGACAUUGAGGUUAGAUGUAGGAGGCACAGUCGAGCGCUCUGUGGCCCCGAGAGCAGGGGAGAGAACAAGAAGGUGGGGUGCCGGGUGCACAAAUUGCUCACUACCAAGAGGUCUUUGGUGUCCAAUGGAACCCCUGAAGCAGCAGCCUCAGGACUCAUUUCCCUCAGAGCAAGCACCCAGAGGUGAUCUCGAGAAUGAAAUCUGAAAGGAUGGAAUUCCAGGGUUCUCUGGGCAUUGAGAACCUUAGUCCCAUCACAAUGAUCUGAAAUUCCGAGGACAAUCUCAACUUAGGCUCAGUUGUGAGCAGGGAGGCUGAGAGGCACACAGGACUCUUGGAGGACCUUUAGGGCCCCACCAUGAAGAUUCACAAUGAAGCAGCUGUAGAAGCACAGAUACAGGAGCUAAGGACCAUCACUCGGCUCCAGGAACAAUGUCGGGCGCUCCAGAUCCAGGGCGUGAAGGAGAAGACGGCACAGAACAAGGCUACACUAGGCCUCCUGCGCAGCAACCUCCGUCGAGGGGCCCAGGAGUGGGCUUUGGCUAAGAAGUAUGAUCAGCGGACCAUCUCCAAAGCCUGUGGGAAGGAUGUGUCUAUGAGGCUGGCACACCGCCGUUGUUCUAUGGAGGUGGCUCGGGAGAAGCUGCGCAAGUACGUCUUCGACCGUGUGAAUGCACACAACGUACUGAUCCAUCUGGCUCGGCUACGGGGACAGAAGCUGGAGAGCUUGCAGCUGGAGCUGGCCAGUCUGCGGAACCAGCCUGAUGCCACGAAAGACGAGCUAAAGUUGCUGCAGAUUAUCCGCCAGCUGGAGAACAACAUUGAAAAGACCACGCUCAAGAUUACCACCAGCCGGAACAUCCACAUGCUGUACUCAGACCUGCUGGACUACCUUAAGAAGGUGCUGGCGGGCUACCCGACAGAGCUAGACAAGCUUCAGAACCUGGUAACCAACUACUGCUCAGAGCUGUCAGAUAUGACCGUCAUGUCCCAAGAUGCCAUGAUGAUUACUGAUGAGGUCAAGAGGAACAUGAGGCAAGGGGAGGCGACCUUCAUCGAGGAGCGAAGGGCACGGGAAAACCGGCUGAACCAGCAAAAGAAGCUUAUUGACAAGAUCCACACCAAGGAGACCAGCGAGAAGUACCGCCGUGGCCGAAGGGACUUGGAUUUCCCCUCCAAUCUGAUGAGUAUGGAUACCAUGAAGGUGAGGAAAAAAGAAACUUCCAUAGCAGAUAUGGAAUACCAGACAGAAGUGACCACUUUGGUAGAGAGGGUCAAGUCUGCUGUACAGUGCUCCCACCUCUGGGACAUAGCGGGCCGCUUCCUGGCUCAGAAGAACACAGAGGAGAACCUGGAGCUGCAGAUGGAGGAUUGUGAGGAGCGGCGGAUGCAGCUGGAAGCCCUGAUGAAGAAGCUGGAACUGGAAGAGGCACUACUCAAAUUCCACCAGACACCCAGCUCUGUUGGCUUUAAUUCGAUUGAAAAAAAGAUGAAGAACAUGCUAGAAGAGGAAGAAGCAAGGCUCCAGCUGGCCCACAGCAACAUGACCAAGAGCCAGCAGCUGCUGCUGGCUAUCCAGACAGGUAUUGACAACCUCUACAUCCGGCUCAUCGGCAUCACCUUGCCAGCCACCCAGAAAGAAGUAGCAAUGUCGGACACCCUUGAUGUGUAUGGCAAGCUGGAGUAUUGCGAGGGGAAGCUCAUAUACCUAGCUGAACGUGUGCAAAUGUGGACCAGAGAUGAGGAGGUCGACACAAAGGUGAGGGAUGCCCUGGAAUCAUCCACUCUAAAAGAGAAACAUAAUACCAGGAUUACCUUUGAGGACCAAGAGGAGGACAUGAUAGAAACCUUCCAGUUUGCCGACGUGGAUCAUAGCUACGUCCCUUCACGGGCCGAGAUAAAGAAACAGGGGCAGCGGUUGAUCGAGGGGAAGCUCAAGAUGUCCAAAAAGAAGAAAAAGUAACCCUGUCCGGGCUUUAGUAUACAAAUAAAAAUUUU